AUGUCGUCGCCUGCCGUACUAUACAGCGAUGAGCUGGCGCAGCUAGAGAAGGCUCCAAUAGCGCAAAGACAACCUUCAGGAUGGCUACGAGGGCCGCCUUCUGCGAAUCUCAAAGCGGCGUCAGAACAUGAAAGGAACCGUCAGACACAAUUAGCUAUGGCCUACUCAAUAUUCUAUACGCGCACCAAGGGAGCAAUUGCUUUCAGAAGCAUUGAACAGCUGGACGACUGGCUGGAUGCAGUUGAGCACAUUCCAUCAACCGUUUCACAAGAUCCCGAAACGACAGCAACGCUUCCAUUCGCAUCAAUGAUCAGUAACCUUUUGCGCCGAAAGAAACCGCGUCGUCUUCCACUCAAUCACCUUUCACCCUCGCAGCCAAAGGCCUUAGAGCCCAUUCUGACAUACUCGGAUAAUCACGAACAGGAGAGCCGCAAUUCUAGCGUCUCUCUUGAUUCCGAAAACGUUCCUUUGUCUACCAAUUCCAAGAGGCGCAGAGAUUCGCAAGGCUGGCGGGACACAUUUUUCAAAUAUUUGAAGCGCGAUGAAAGACCAAGUUCUCGAAUAGAAAGGUCAAGCCUUUUUGAUUCAACAAACAGCUCCCGCGCAUCGGUUCAGAACAACAACGACCGUAUCAAAGCAUUUCCCUCUAAGCUUCGUGGGCUCGAGGAUCGAAUCAAGGGCGCGACUGAAGCGCUCAGCGCCGAAACAAGCAAAAUUCAGAAAGUGGACACUGGCGAUCAAGUGCUGCGGCGUUCGAAAGCAGUGCGCGAUCAAGUGCGCAUGGAGAUUGAACAGGAACAACGAUCAGUCCUGGAGCGUCAAGCGCUUGACGAAGCUGUCCAGUCACUGCGAGUAGAGCUUAGAGAGGAGAUGGAAGGGAAAGUGCUAGGAGAACUUCGAACGGAACUACGUGAUGAAGUACACGAGUCAUUGCGGAGCGAACUAAAAGAAGAAGUCAAGCAAGAACUAGCAAAUGAAAUGAGCGCUUCCGUCUACGGGGCUUUGGUGAAUCAGUUCAAGCCGAACGUAUACCAGGAAUUACGAGAGCAACUGUAUCCAGCUGUAGCAGAAGAAGUUCGCGCCGAGCUCCGCCAGACUUUGGCCUCCUCAAUCCAAGAGCGGCUGUACAGAGAGUUACGGCCUGUUAUAGAGCAGCAAGUACGAUCAGAGGUCGAGGCGCAUGUUCGCGAAGAAAUGCUGGCAACCCUCAGCCAGUCCACUCAUACGUCCCAGAAUAUUGACCCGCAUCUCCAAGGCGCCCAGGAGGACAAUGAUAUGGUAGCUUCCUCUCCCCAAAAGACACAAAAGGCCAAUGGUAUGCAUGAGAAUGAUUAUGGCGAUCACAAUGUACCGUACACACACUACCACGAACGUAAUGGGGACCAAAUGCGAUCAGUUGAACUCGGCGGGUUGCAAGAAACUCCUCAGCACGGCGAAUCUGUACCUCCUCAUUAUCAAUCGCAUUCACAACCCAGCGAAACUGAAAGCGUUGAGCCACCUGCUCCUUCUGAACCCGCACAACAGCACCAAUACAACUCAAUCAACGAGGUCAACGUAAGUCACAGUCUCUUGCAGCAUUCUUCCGUUCAAAACAAUAUGUUCAAUUCACGCCUUGGAGCACCACGGAUCAUAUACAAUGAACAUCAGUCUCACCAGUUCCAGGGCACCCAAUUUCAGCCACAAUCCCGCGAUGAACCCUCUUCACUGUCCGAGGAUCUAUCAAGCGAGUCCGACGUGUCCGACGAAGACAUGGAUGAUGAAGACACGGAGCUCGAGCCGUACAAACUCUCAUACCAAUACGAAGGCGACGGCGAUGGUCAGCCCCAAGGCGAACGUGAUGCUGAAGUCGAUGAAAACGGAGACGAUAAUAACGAUGAGGAGGAGGAGGAGGAGGAGAACGACGAAGAACAUGGAGAUCACCCAGAUGAAGAAAUCGAGGAUGAGGCAGAACUCGAUGAGCUCGAGCAUUUUGAUGACGACGAAGAAGCGGAUGAAGGUACUAAUGGCCUUUUUGACGAAGAUGGCCGAGGCGACAUGAGCGACGAGCUAGAAGAGGACGAAGAGGAUGAGGAAGAUGAAGAGGAUGAAGAGGAAGUCUAUGACGAGGAUGAAGAUGAGGAGGACGAAGGUGACGGUGAUGGUGACGAUGAUGACGACGACCAGAACGCCGCGACGGCGGAUACAAAAGGAGGAACAAAAGAAGAUGCCAUUGAUCUUUGCGAUUCGGAUUAA